GGUGCUAUUUUAUAUAUGGAUAAAGCACAUGGGUAGAGAUCUCUAAUUAAAAGUGUAUAUUGAUACUUUCAGUAUAUCCCUUUGAGAUCAUUGUUAUUAACAUACGACUUGAUUCUAAUUAGUUUAAUUCAAGGUUUACGCUAUAAGCAUCCAUUAGGUGAACCCGUAAAAAUAUUCAAUCGAAGGCAGGUUUAUCGAUCCAUUGCUGAAUUUAUCCUUUUCUUAGAAGAAGAAAAAAUCUUUUUUCUCUUAAGACAUCAUGUGUGCUCAUCGAUAGAUCCAUCUGUUCUAUGAUUCAUGCAUUUUAACUUUUUCAAAGCCCUAUCAAGUUUGUUUUCUCGAUUAAUGACUUAAAUCCAUCAUUUUCCACAUACUGUAUAUGUGAAACCUUUUUAACCUUUUUAUUCUUCAUCAUUAGUAAAAUUACCUAUCUGAUGUUACGUGCAGUACCUGUCAUCAAAAGGUGUGGAGAAUUGAAGUUGAGGCACCAUUGCUUGCUUGAGAUUGCAAAACUAGCUCUUAUGGAGAUGAAGAGUAAUAUGGGAACGCCCAAAAUGCUUGAAUUUCUAUUAACUUCAGGCGUUGUCCUUGACGCUGCAUCACGCGGAAUCUUUGAAUUUGUGGACUUAUGUCUUAAAAGUUUUCCGGAGUUGAUGUGGGAUGACAAUUUCGCAAAAGAACUGAUAAAAAAAGUUGUGAAGGGACGGCAUGUUGAGUUGUUUAGACUAGUGAGGACGCACAACCGCAUUCGAUAUAUUGCUGAAGAUGCUUUGAUCAACCUUGAUCUAAUGAUGGCUGUAACCGAAUGGUCAUCAAAAUGUGUAUCCUUGGAUGUUUCUGGAGCAGCUUUUCUUCUGCAGAGGGAACUUCAGUGGUUUCAAGUAGUGGAUGAUAGUACCUUUCCUUCUCUUAAUUGGAUGAAAUAUCAAGAAGACAAGAGCACAUAUUGGGAAGUUUUUGUACAACAACGGCAAGAGUUACUUAAGGACGCAAGGCAAUGGAUGAAGGAUACAUCAUCCUCUUGUAGCCUCGUUGGGACUCUCAUUGUUACGAUAGCUUUCGCUGCAGCUUUUAUGGUACCUGGAGGCAACGACAACAAUAUGGGGAUCCCGAUACUUCUGAAGAACAACUCAUUCAUGGCAUUCACAGUUGCAAACUCUCUUGCUCUGUUUUCCUCUGUCGCCGCCACGUUGAUGUUCUUGGUUGUCCUAACUUCAUGCUACGCAAUUGAAGAUUUCCUCUUCUCACUGCCGAGAGACAUGACACUGGGCCUCACUUUUCUAUUCCUCUCAUUGGCUUUUAUGCUGGUGGCAUUUAGUUCUGCUCUUAUGAUCGUCCUGAGCGAACAAUGGAGGUGGAUUUACAUCCCAGUUGCUUUGCUGGCUGCCGUCCCUAUCGUAAUGUUCUCAAUCUUACAGCUGCCCUUGUACGUUGAAAUGGUUGAAUCCACCUACUGGCCUCGCCUCUACCGUCCCCUGAAGCUUUGGAAGUAAUCUCUAUUAUUAUUGGACAAGAACAUUGGUUAUGUAAUUAUAUUCGUAUUUGUUACUGUGUGUGAAAUGUAGCUCAUGUAUUAAGACUUCUGAAGUGUGAAAUCAGCAAUACUUGCGCUAUAGUUCAUUGUAUGCUGCCAAGCGCCCGCCUUGUCUCGAUUGUCUUAUUUGUAUGCUUCAUUGCUCGUUAUCUUAUUAAGGUGAACCCAAUUUUUCA